AUGAUCAGCGCGUUUAAGUCAAUCCGGUCACUGCCUUCAACAACCGUCUCUUUCUUGUCCUCACCGUCUCGAUUAGGCCGCAAAGUUGCCCGAGUUAGUUUCGCCACCGCUUCUGACCAGCCAAAUAUGGAUAAAAAACCUGAGAAUCCAAACGACAAAACGGGUGACGUGAUGUCGCAUUCGUUUGGAGAAGGGUACUCGACGAGGUCAGAUGAAGAAGGGUUUGGAGGAACCUAUGGAGGAAAUCAAACCUUUCAAAAGGAUAAGGAGGUCCAUGAAAAUCACCCUGAUUACGACAAAACUCAAGGCAGUGAAGCGAAGGAGAAGGAGCGAGCUAGGAACCAGACGUAA